UGCACUUGGAAUUAUCCAAACGUGUGUAUCAGUGCCGAUGCUUGUGUAGAAAUUCUCGUCAGAAAUGAGUAGUGAAAGACUAGUUAUUUUUUUUGGAAACAUCGUACAUUGUUCAGAACAAUUCAAAAUACAUAUUAUUGAAAAUGGAUUUGUGAUGGUUUUAGAAAAUAAGAUUAUGGAAGUAAAUGAAGAAUCUGCCUUUGAAGAAGCAAAAGCCAGACUAAAUAUUACAAAACACAACAAUAUAGAGGAAAUAAGACUGAAGAAGUCCCAAAUACUCAUACCAGGUUUAAUUGAUACCCACAUUCAUGCACCUCAAUACCCAAAUAGCGGUUUGGGUUAUGAUAAACUGUUACUUGAAUGGUUGGAUACUUACACUUACAAACUGGAGAAAAAAUAUAAAGAUCAGGACUUUUCUAAAAAAGUAUUUGACGCUGUCGUGAGAAAAACGCUAGAUCAUGGCACAACAACAGCUUGUUAUUUUGCAUCAUUAUAUUCAAACAGUAGUCUUUUACUAGUCGACUCUGUCAUUACACAUGGUCAAAGAGCACUUGUUGGGAAAAUUAAUAUGACCACAUUAGCACCUGAGGAUUACAUCGAAACCCCUUCUGAAUCUAUCAUAAAUACAAAGAAUUUUAUUAAGGAUGUUACAUCCAAAAAGAAUGACUUGGUUCAACCCAUUAUAACUCCAAGAUUUGCUCUGAGUGUAGAUAUGAAUUUAAUGAAAGAACUAGGAAGUAUCGCUAAAGAACAGGAGGUGCCCAUUCAGACACAUAUUUCUGAAAAUGUUGAUGAGAUAAAGAUGGUAAAAGAGAAAUAUAACAUGUCAUAUGCAGAAACUUACGAUAAAGCUGAUCUAUUAACAACAAAGACCAUUCUUGCCCAUGGAGUGUAUCUAUCUGACGAUGAACUCAAAUUACUAGCAAAUAGAGGUACCUCCAUCGCGCACUGCCCAGAAUCUAACACGUGCCUAAAAUCGGGGCUAUGUGAUGUACGAAGACUGCAAGCAGCUGGUGUCAAAGUAGGUCUUGGAACAGAUGUAUCUGGAGGUCCUUCUGCAUCCAUCAUACAAGCUAUGAAAGCAGCAUUGGAUGUAUCAAUCCAUAUUUUUUUCCAAAAGGAAAAUUAUACACCUCUCAAUUUUGAAGAUGUCUUUUACUUGGCUACGUUAGGAGGAGCAGAAGCAUUAGCACUUGAAAAUAAAAUUGGUAAUUUCGAAGUAGGUAAAGACUUUGAUGCCUUAAUAAUAGACAUGGAUGUAGAAAAUUCUUCAUCUGAUUACUUACUAGAGUGCAGUCCCUCGGAAAUUUUACAGAAAUUCAUCUAUCUUGGUGAUGACAGAAAUGUUACGAAUGUAUUUGUAGCUGGUAGACGCGUUAAGUAAUUUUCUAGAUAACUGAAUAUUGUAAAAGGUAUUUGUUAAAUAAAAUGUUAAAAUAAGUCUUAUUUCUACGAAUUUCCACAA